UCAUCGUUAUGAAAUCGGCAAUAAGAUUAUAUAUAAUUUGAACUGUGACGAUAUUUGCCGACUCCCUCCUUUUCUUUAUAAAAAUGUUUCAAAUCUCUCCCUCAAUCUAUCAAACUCAUCAUUUUGUUUUCCUAACAGACUGAAAAUGAAGCUUGAAUUUGAAGUAAUUUCAAAGGAAUUGGUCAAGCCUUCUUCUCCCACGCCGCCCAAUCUCCGCCGUUACAAAUUCUCAUUUCUCGAUCAAGUCACCGCCGAUGUCUACAAUCCCAUGGUCUAUUUCUUCCAACUAAACGGAGAUUCAAACUUCACUGAAAUCGAAAUUAAAACCCACCUCAAAACUUCACUCUCCGCCGUUUUGUCCGACUACUAUCCCCUCGCCGGCCGAGUCAAUUACGCCGAUUUCGAAAUCGAUUGCAACGACCACGGCGUUCCUUUCUUAGAAACUCGCAUCAAAUCCACACUCCACGACGUCUUUUCCAUGUCCUUUCCGGAGGAUCUCAACUGCCUUGUACCCUUCGAAUUGGAUCGACUCAACGAAACUUCCAUGGGAGUUCAACUCAACUUCUUCGAAUGCGGCGGCAUCGGCCUCGGCGUUUGCGUUUCGCAUAAAAUCGCUGAUGCUCUGUCGUUCUUCUCUGUUGUGAACAUCUGGGCGAGAGCCGCGCGCGGCGAGGCGGAGGCUCUCGGCCGGGCGCAUCUGGUGGCUGCGAAGCUGUUUCCGCCGAGGAAUGCAGGUGUUUAUAACACUGGGAACAGCAUCGUGAGAGACAGAGUUGCGAGGAGAUUUGUUGUAGAAGGUCCAAAGGUGGAAGCCAUUAGAGAACAAUAUGCAGAGAGGGCAGCCAUGGAAGGGCAGAGGCGCCCAACGAGAGUCGAGGCCUUAUCGGCUUUCAUAUAUGGUCGUUUCCUUGCCGCCAUUAAUGACGAAUCCUCUGCUCAAACUGAUCGAUUGUCCUUAGUAUGUCAUACGGUGAAUAUACGCCAAAAGUUAUAUCCACCGCUUCCACAAAAUGCGUUUGGAAAUUACUACAGAAUCACCAUGACUCUCCCUUCCGCCGCAACACUCACCGAUGCCAACUGCUCCGCCUUGGUCAAUCAGGUCAGGCUUCAGAUCGCCAAAAUCAACCCUGAGUUUCUGAGACAAUUCCAAGAAGAAAACGCGCAAUUGGAGAUCAUCAAAGCCACGUCAGCCAAAUUCCACAAAGGCGACAUCGUGUCCUGUGCCUUCACCAGCCUCUGCCGACUUCCUCUUUAUGACGCUGAUUUCGGUUGGGGACCGCCUGACUGGGCCGGCUCGCCGGCGCUGCCUUUCAAAAACCUUUUCGUUCUUAUGGACGGGAAGUUCGGUGACGGCGCCGUAGAUGUUCUCGUGCAUUUGAAAGAAUCGCACAUGGAGAGGCUUAAAGUAGAUCGGGAGUUUCUCAAGUUUGCUUCUCCAACUGCUUCUUCUUAAGAUUAAAGUAUUUUUAUUCGUGGAGUGUGAUUUAUGGGUUGUUUUUUGUUUUCGUUAAAAUCCAAAGUGUUUCGUUGAUUCUGUAGUGUGUGUGUUUUCAUUUUUCGCUUUUUAGCAUAAACAGUGUAGAACAAUAGAUUCAACUCUACUGAAGGCAUCCAUGCAAUUACGAGUUGAGUUUACCAUUCGGAAUACUUUUUAAUUAUUGAACUCCAAAAGAAAAAAAAAAAAAAGAGGAAUCAUACAUUUGAUCAGUUUGAAGAUAUUAAUUAAUUCCUUUGGCCGUAGCUUGUUAGUUUGUGUAUAGUACGACACUUAUAAAUGGAUCAUCAUAACAGCUUUCCCAAUG